GUCGGGUCUACGUGGAGGAGGACGCACAGGCAGGCUGAGGCAGCAACAUCUCUGUGCUAGAUCUUUAUCUGAAACAGAAGUAACAGGAAUCAAGCAAGGAGAAGAACAAACAUGGGAGUCGAGAAAAUGGAAAUGGAAGAUGUUGACUCCACUCUCAUGGAGAAGGGCCAGAAGAAGCUGGCGCCCCCUCCUCCUAACAAGUAUGAGAAACUGUUCCAGCCCUGCCUGGCCGAGAUUGUGGGGACCAUGUUCUUUGUUUUCAUCGGCUGUGUGUCCGUCAUCGAGAACGUUCCAUCGGCCGGACGCCUGCAGCCGGCUCUGGUGCAUGGACUGGCUGUGGCUGUGAUGGUCGCGGUCAUGGACAACAUCAGUGGCUCCCACUUCAACCCUCCCUUCACAAUUGCCAUCUACCUGUGCGGAGGUAUGGAGCUGAUGAUGGUGGGGCCAUAUCUCGCCUGCCAACUGAUUGGAGGAGUGGUCGGAGCUGGAAUGUCCAAGAUGAUGACCCCUGCAGACCGCUACCACAAUGCCACAGGGGCAGCGUUUGAUAUCCUCAAGUCAGAGAGCCAGCUAUCUGGGGCUAUCUUCGGGGAGGUGGCCAUGACCUGCCUGGUCACCAUGGUGGUGCUGCUGGUGGCCGUCAACAAGAAGACAAAGACCCCGCUGGCUCCCUUCCUGGUGGGCUGCACUGUCAUCAUCUGCGUCUUGGCAGGAGGUGACGUGUCAGGGACGUGUCUGAACCCAGCCAGGGCAUUCGGCCCUGCAGUGAUGGCCAACUACUGGACCUACCACUGGGUCUACUGGGUGGGGCCCAUCGGAGGAGGUCUGGUGGCAGCUGCUCUGCUCAGGCUCAUCCUCGGUGAUGAUAAGGUACGAGUGGUUAUGAAAUCAUAACCACUUCUAUUGUGCGUUUAUCGUCCUCGCCAUAAUAAACCCAUAAACUACGUCUGCCUAUAUAUUUGUUGUUCAUCAUGCCAAAAUGUUUUGUGGAAAAAAGUUGUAUUUUUUUGUUAUCCAUGUCAAGCUGUAA